UACAGGAGCUGAGCUAUUUCCUUCUUUCUGCCUCUCCCAGGCCCUCAGAACGAUGGCAACAGACAAAAAGCCAGGAGGGAGCUACUCCUACAUCAGCUUGUUCAGGACACCAGUCCUGCGGAAGAUCUCCCUGUGUUCUGGGGCUGUGUGGUUUGGUGUUGCCUUCUCUUAUUACGGCAUGAGUUUGAACCUAACCGGCUUUGGGCUCAACAUGUAUCUCUCCCAGUUUGUCUUUGGCAUCAUUGAGAUUCCAGCCAAGAUGAUCAUGUACGUGUUGGUGAACCGAGCUGGACGACGGCAGAGUCAGGCGUGGGCACUCAUCCUGACCGGACUGUGCAUAGGAGCCAACGUCAUCAUUCCCAAGCCCUUCACCUCCUUGCGCUCUGUAGUAGCCAUUAUGGGCAAAGGUUUCUCAGAAGCUGCAUUCACUACCGUCUUCUUGUACACCUCCGAGCUCUACCCCACCGUACUGAGACAGAACGGGAUGGGGUACACCUCCUUCGUGGCACGCCUGGGCGGGGCUUUGGCCCCACUGGUGUUUUUGCUGGAUGAGGUGUGGAAGUCUCUGCCCGAGGUGACAUACUGUGGCGUAGCAGUGUGCUGCGGCUCGGUGGCCUUCCUGCUCCCGGAGACGCUCAACGUGCGCCUGCCGGAGGGCAUCGAGGACAUCGAGAAGGCUCGAGCAAAAGGGCCGCCGCAAACCAGUGCUCCCGAGGGCAUGCCGCUGCAGCCUCUGCUUUUUUUCAGCCACUAG